AUCUUGCCUAGUGCAGUACAGAACUAAUUUGGUCUUGAAAAAUGAAGUCGUUGGUAGCAGUUGUGGUAUUGGCGCUAGCCUUACAUUCGGUAGCGAGUCAGAGUGAGUAUCUACAAGAAGUCAUAAAUAGCUACCUAAAGUAUAUACCUAAAGUUGAAGAGGCAUGUAGAGCGUUAACUGGCGUAGAUCCUGUGGAAGCAGAUCGACUACUGAACCCAGGUGUCUUGAGCGUAGACGAGCCAUUCAAAAAUUAUCUGACAUGCCUCUUUCGUGGAUUGGAUUUGUUAAACGACGAUGGAUCAAUCAAUUUUGGCAAAUUUACAGUUUUUAUGGCGAAAGAAAAUCCCGGAUUAGCUGAAUUUAUAAUUAAGGCAUGCGGAAGUAGUGAAGUUGGUGAAGACGUAAACGAAAGACUUUGGAAUUUCACAAAUUGUGUAUUUCAAGUUUUGUAAAAAAAAGUUGAAAUUCAAUCAGAAUUUGUUUCUAAUUCAAAUAAAUAGUUUUCCUUUCGUAA